AUGGACACAACCAAGUUGAAAAUUCAUACUAGGGAGAGACCUUAUAAGUGUACAGCAUGUGGGAAGGCUUUUAAGAAGAGUUCAACUUUAACUCAACAUCAGCGAAUCCAUACUGGGGAGAGACCUUAUAAAUGUACAGCAUGUGGCAAGGCGUUUAAGCAGCUUUCAGGUUUAACUCACCAUCAGCGAACCCAUACUGGGGAGAGACCUUAUAAAUGUACAGCAUGUGGCAAGGCUUUUAGGCAAAGUUCAGCUUUAACUCCACAUCAGCGAAUCCAUACUGGGGAGAGACCACAUAAAUGUACAGACUGUGGCAAAGCCUUUAUCAAUUAUUCACUUCUUACUAGACAUCAACGAAUUCAUACUGGGGAGACACCUUAUAAAUGUUCAGCAUGUGGCAAGGCCUUUAUCCGUUAUUCUUCUCUCACUCGACAUCAACGAAUCCAUACUGGGGAGAGACCUUAUAAAUGCACAGCAUGUGGCAAGGCUUUUAAGCAGAGUUCAAAUUUAACUCAACAUCAGCGAAUCCAUACCGGGGAAAGACCUUAUAAAUGUACAGAAUGUGGCAAAGCCUUUAUCUAUUUUUCACUUCUUACUCAGCAUCAACGAAUCCAUACUGGGGAGAAACCUUAUAAAUGUACAGACUGUGGCAAAGCCUUUUCCCAGAGUUCAGGGCUUUCUCGACAUCAGAGAGUUCAUACUAUCUGUGCCUUCUUCUUCGACACCGGGUAA